AUGACCGAAGUCGGUGAGACAGCUAAUAGGGUCGAUGGUCUUAUACAGGAGGUUACUGAUUUUCAAAAACUGUGCACCUGUGAUCUUGACGCUGCAUCAUGUGUUAUCGUCGAAGGUGAAAAAUUAAUGCAAGACCCGCUAAGCUCUGUGGAUCAUAUAGAAUCCAAAUGUGAAGAGUUGAGAAGAACAAGUGCUCUAUUAAUUGAUAAAAUACACAAACGAAAUCUUCUUUUAACAAAAGCGAGGGAACUUAUGGAUAGAAUAGAUAAGGCAAACGAAUGGUGCACAACAGGAGUGGAAAUAUUGGCCGGCGAAGGUGGUCUCAUAGCAGUUGAUAAACUACUAGAAGACGCAAAAAGCUUUGGUUUAACAUCGCCUGAUGAAUUCAGAGAUAUGUUGAUGCAGUCAGCGACACAGGAGACGAGGGCUCUUGUGACACAAGUGUCACAGAGAGUAGAAGAUGUCUGGCUGAUGGUGACGGUAAAGAGAGCCACUCUGCAGCGCGCAGCGGCGAAACCAGCCCGCCCUGUGCAGUCUGUGCCACCGCAAAGCGCUGCUAUACAGCCCUCCACAGAUAAGAUGGAAACGUCAGGUGGAUCGGAAAGUUCUGGAGGCGAAGACGCAGAGGCUCGGCGGUCACGGAGAGGACACGUUCUUGCGGAGCUACUCCAAACCGAACGAAUCUACGUCCAAGAAAUGGGCUCAAUACUUAACGUAAAUAUCUCAUCGGCCACAUAUAUAUACGAUGUAGUCAACACGCAACCCACGCUCCGAGGCAGACCCACUCAAUGGAACCGAUGCGAUGCAACACAUUCACCAAGUGCACUCCGAUGCAGACUCUCGGUCGCGUCUUGCUUCACGUGUAUAUGCAUUAUGAAGUAUGGAAAGUACGACAUUCACAAGUCUUCCGCUGAUCUCAGCAUCGGAACAUCCUAUUCCUGGUACUACAGGAAGAACGAUUCCACGACGCGAAAGAAGAAACGACUCACAAGAACCGCGUCGGAUUCCACUCUCUUCAGUGACUACGCUAAUCAAAUUGCUCUCUUCGAUAAAACCAAGAAUCGAAGGAAGAAAACAGUGACGGACAAUCUAGGGUGUCGGAUCAAAUGUCAGCGUAAGAAUUUGAAGCCUGUCGAUGUGAAACCGUUCACUGGAAAUUUCUUUUAUGGAAAACUACUGCCCGGUUAUGAACACGCACCGAAGACAGAGGAGAAAAUCGUGUACUUGCCGGAUUCAGACGUUGUGACCGUGUCCGAAGAUAACACAGCUGAAUCACUAACGAGUGGCGCGACAGUUGUUGACCUCCCAGAAAUCGUGAAAAAUCCUAUAUACGGUUGCAAAGAGAGGGAGGUUCACAUACCGACACCAGAAGAUCAGACGGACUCGACGAUUUCAAAGGACUCGCAGUUAAAAUCGAAUAGUUGUACUGAACUGCGAAAUACGAUGGACAGUAAUACAACGAACGACGUAUUCACGAAUAUUUUAAAGGAUUACAAAAGGAUAAUGAAAGAAUGGAAUACCACUAUAAUGGACCAUUAUUAUACGGGUUCCCAUUCGAAGCGAUCAACAAUGUGUUCAAAAAGCAAUACGGAGAGUUAUGUUCGCAGUUUGCAUUCAACUCUGUCAUAUAGAAAGAAAGGUGGAAAAUCAUCAAACAAUCAUAGGCAUUCUUAUAAUUAUCAAUGCAAACGAUAUCGAGGUCAUCGACCUAAGAAGUCUGCUAGCUUGCGAGAUCAGACACUUAGUAAUUGGUCGACAACUUUGCGGAAUAUUAAGAGUAUCUUCCAAAAGAAUGGCCAGGACAGCUCGUCCCAUCGAGAUUGUUUGGAAGCGAUAUAUGAAGAUUAUGAUAAACGUUUACAACAGUGGUGUGACACCAUCACAGAAUACACAUCUUCCCUUGACUCGGGUUACAAAGAGGAAAUUGAAAAACCAGAAAAUCAACACGUCCUGCCAUCCGGAUUACUGGGCCAGGCAGACGUCCUGUUCGGGAAUCUUCACGAACUCUUCACAUUCCACCAAGAAAUAUUCCUUAAGGACCUAGAGAAAUCGAUCUCGGCAACGGAGCUCGUUGCUCUUUGUUUUGUUGAGAAGAGGGAAACGUUCUUCCGCCUAUAUAGUUAUUAUUGCCAGAACAUACCUCGCUCUGAGAGAUUACGAGAGACCCUGGUAGACACUCAUCUAUUCCUGCAAGCUUGUCAGCAACGACUCGGUCACAAAUUGCCUUUAGCGGCUUAUCUGCUCAAACCAGUGCAGAGAAUCACAAAGUAUCAACUUCUGUUAAAGGAUUUACUGAGAUACAGCGAGUGUGGUUCGAUGAGCGCUGGUCUGCAGCAGGCUCUUGAUUGUAUGCUUGUGGUGCUCAAAUGUGUCAACGAUUCCAUGCACCAGAUAGCCAUCACAGGAGUGCCGGUUGAUCUCAGUCAGCAAGGGGAACUUCUGUUACAAGGUUCGUUCCUGGUUGCUUCAGAAAAUAAACGUGACUUGCGCCUGCGCAUUCGGCCGCGACGCAGACACAUCUUCCUCUAUGAAAAGGCGAUGUUAUUCUGUAAGCCGGCUGCGAAGAAUAGCCACAACAAAGCCACUUACCACUUCAAGCAUGACUUACAGAUGUCACAAAUUGGUCUAACGGAAUCGGUAAAGGGCGAUCCCCGAAAGUUCGAAGUCUGGCGUCAAGGACGAGCUGAAGUUCACACUAUAACGGCCCCCACCGCAGAUGUCAAGCGAUCAUGGGUCGAGAGGAUCAAACGAGUUCUUCUCGAUCAACUAAAGGAGCUUAAAGGGGAGCGAGUCAGGCAGUACGCACAACAUCAUAGAACCUUAAUUCAAACAAGUUCGUGGGAUCUUGGGCCACAAAAGGAGCGACCUCCAGCGCCGUCCUCAAAUCCAUCGAGAACUGCUUCAUGUGAUAAUCACGACGAGCCAUGCUGGUCAACAGAUCCUUCGGAGGAUGAAGAAGACGAACCCGAGCAUACACCGGCGGUGGGGUGCUUGCUGAUGGCGCUGUCUGAUUACACGGCAGUAGGCGCUAGCGAGGUGUCCCUUCGAGAGGGGCAGCAUGCCGAACUUCUUAAAGUCGGGUGCGCAGGCUGGUGGUACGUGCGUCUUGCUGGUGGUCACGGAGAGGGUUGGGCGCCGGCGGCAUACUUGGAUCAGCGGAAGACGUCACGCUCUUCGAGUCGAUCACACGACCGGCUGCACGAACAUUAG